AUGAAUUCUCAGUGGAAAAUGGAUUCCCUUUAGACGGGUCUUUCCUCUUCAAUUGUCGAGUCUAAAAUCUCCGUCUUUUUAUUUCCCAGAAGAAGAAGAAAAACACAAACAUGGAGAAAAUUCCAGCAGCUUCUGCAAUGGAAUGGAGUAUUGAUCUUGAGAAAGGCCUCCGUUCCAAAAACCCUGGCAAAUGUAUUGAAGCAAUAUUAGAAAUUGGGCCAAGGCUUGAGUGGUGGAAUAGAGAAUCAAGAAUUUCAGUUGCAGAGUACAAAAUCUUCCAUUUAAUUCCCGGUGAGGAUAAGCUCUUCGCGAAUGCUAUCCUUCUUCGGCUGGCGGAUGCGUUUAGAGUGGGAGACAAACGAAUUAAAACGUGCAUUGUGAAGGUAUUUAGGGAGGAAUUGAAAAGUAGGAGGAGAAGGAGUGGGAGAAAGGUGGAAGAUGGAAUUUUGUCGAAAAAGAAGCUGGAGAAUUAUUUGGAGAUUUUAAGGAGAGUUAAGGUUGUGUUUGAUGAGGGAGAUGUCGAAGAAAGAGCUUUAGCGUUGUAUUUGUUUGGUUGUUGGGCUGAUUUCGCAAAAGAUAGUGCUGAUGUUCGAUAUGUUAUACUUUCGAGUGUUGUUUCUGAUGAUGUUCUUGAGGUGAAGGCUGCUUUGUUUGCUGCUGGACGUUUCUGUGAACUGGCAAAUGACUUUGCUAGUGUCCUGAUGGAGAUGCUUACUAAUAGGUUGACAUCAUGUGAAACAUCAAUGGCCUUAAAGUUAGUAGGAGGGCGAGCAUUGGCUAACAUGUGCUGCUCAUUAUCACUUGCUAACAGAGCAUAUGAGACAGGUUUAAAGCUGCUCUUGGACUCAUCAGAAGAAAAUUUCUCUGCAGUUAUGCUGGUAUCACUUACAAAACUUGCUUCUUGUUGGACUCUACUGAUUCCUCAGCAGAUAGAACUGCUUUUCUCUUAUCUGGCUAAGUGCAGAGCAACUCAUAUUGAAGUUACAACUUUAACAUGUCUUCAAUUUCUUUUUGCAAGAGGAGUUUGUCCUUGUCCUGCAUCUAGAGAUAUGGUUCAGAAUUUCUUUGAUAUGCUGAAUCAAUCCAAAUUUCCACCAUCUGUGCUGCGUCAAGUUCUGAAAGUCUUGCAAAAGAUGCUUUCAUAUAACCUACCAACCUUACCUAGCUCAGAGAUGUUUAUGGUGUUCUCCACGUUCUUGAAGUUUAUUGAGAAUGUAAAUCAAUCUUCAAUCAUGUCAGAGAGACUUGUAGCUGCACGUGUUCUAGUAAAUAUUUUGUGCAAGUUUCUGGGAAGACCUAAACUGGAACAUGAUGAAACAGCUUUCACUCUGGCAUACCAAGUAAUUUCGUUCAUUAUGGAUCGCAUUUCUGAGCUAGUGAAUUCAAUCGUGACUAGACAUACUUUUCUGGUGAAUGGUCUCAAAACAACUAAGAAAGGGCUCCUGGAUGGAGAUCAGGCCAAUGAAGAGUUGGAGCGAGAAGUGACAAGCUUGCUUAGAUCUAUCUUUUAUCUGGUUGAAAACCAUUCAGACAUCAGUGGUUUGGUGCUAGAUAGAGUUGGCAUAUUUUUGGAGCAUCUAGUGAGCACGCUUUGCAGGGAUGUAAGCAUAGAGAAAGACAACUUUUUAAACUAUGAACUGUCAGAAUGUGGUGAAGAAUACAAGACAGCAAAUAUACUAAAACUUGUGUUUUCUCUAACGAGAAUAAUAGUUACUUGUCUGGAAAACCCUGAAGUAGAGCAUGCAGAAACAGCUAAAGUCCUGAAUUCCUUAAAGCUUUUGAUAGAUUAUGUAUGCAAGUCCACCCCAAUUGGUUCAUCUACAUACACCAUUUACCUGCUUUUGCUUCACUUUCAUAGUGCCUGUAAGUGCAUCUGGCGACAGAUUAACCCCAUUGUAUACCUUGAUGACAAUUAUACUCCAUUUUAUGCUGGUUCUUUUCUUCACGAUAAUACUUUUAUUGCUGAAUUUGGAAAAAAAAUGUUUGGAGGAAGAGAUAAUUGGUCUUCUUAUAAAGCUGGAAAGCGUGCAGCUUUACAGGGACUAUGGUCGAAUGCUGCUUUCAUAUUUGAGCGACUCACAAAAAUGGCUGUUUCUAAUUCCAGCUAUGUCUGGUUGAAAACCUUGAAUUUGUUCUCACAUUCUGAAAGUCAGAUUGAGUAUUUUGGGAUUAUUAAUGUGAAAGAUAGUUUGUCUGAAGCUGGAGAAGAAAUUACUCCGAAAAAUAAUUUGUAUAACUAUGUUGAAAUUCUUGUCAGAGCUUAUGAUGGCGUUCACCUUGCAGAGAAAACGCUGAAGAUGUCUGCUCCUGGGCUUUCCUUCACUUUUCAAAGGUGGUUUUUGGCUCUUAGAGCAAAAUUUUUGGAGAUUCUGGUGGACUUAAGCACACUCUUAGGUGCAGUUUCAUUUCUAGAAGAUAGCAGUAGCUGUGGGCCAGAAAAGAUGACUGUUUUGGUUCCAAGUAUGAUACCUUUGGAAAGAUACAGAUUCUUGGUGGAUUCUCUUGCCUCAGUAUCUUCCCAGCUCAAGAAGUUGGCAGAUGAAUUUGAUUUAUUAGCAACUUCUUUUGUUGGCAUGGACAGAAAAAGCAUGGGGAUACUUUUAUGCUUGUCAGCAGGUUGUUCGCUGUUGGCCUUCAGUACUGGGUUGUUCUUAUCUAUCCCAUACUUACAUGUUUCAGAAAAUAGCGUGACUAAAUGUCUAGAUGGCUCAGAAGGGCAUCAUCGUGGUGUGCUUAUUCAAGAUUUAUUUGAGAGGCUAUCACUUGUAGACUCUGAAACCAGCAAACAUCUUUGGAUGCUAUUAAAGGUUUAUGGAAAGUCCGAGAGCUGUUUUCUGUCCAAGUCCGGAAAUCAAGCUGCAGGCCUUUAUUACGAGGCAAGUAGCAUUGUUAAACUUUUUAAAUAUGCUGUUUCAGAGAUUGUUGGCCUCCAAAAUGAGGCACGCAUAUUUUGCAGUGAUGAAACCAAAUCUCAGAUUUCUAGUCAUGGACUAAAGUUGUUGUUGAGCAUCAUUUGGAAGUGGAUGCAGAUCCCCUUCAGGUGUCCGGAUUACUUUUUUCAAGUAAGGGAUAAUGUUUUUUCAGAGCUAUUUUCCAUGAAUGAAAAUGGUGAAAAUUUUGAUGGGAUGUCUGUCUCAUUAGGCAGCCAUCUAUCUCUGAAUUUGUGCCUUAAAUUGAAAAACAUGCCACCGUCCCUUCACCUUCAGCUUUCUAAGCUUUAUUGCAUCCUUAGCUGUACUGUUCCAUCUCCACAUGGAAAGAACAUAGAGAAAUCAUGGUUGAAUAGUGAAGAAUGGGACACUGAUGAUAUUCUAGCUUUGAAUCAUAAGCUCAUGAGGUAUGCCACUGGGUCUUCUACGCCUAAUGCUAUGCAGGAUCGAACUAAUGCUGGUAGCAGGUGGACAGAGGAGUAUUUGUGUUUUCGUCUUAAUGAGAGAGGCCAAGGGUUCUCGACUUGCUUGCUUGAUGUGUCUGCUUUUCCUCCAGGAAACUAUAAAAUUAAAUGGCAUAGUUGUUGGAUAGAUGAUGAAGGUUCUUAUGGGAGCCUCCUUCCCAUGAAUCCUGGUCCCAACUUUGCUAUCGAGAACCCUUCUAAUUCCAGAACAAUGCAGACAGAAGUUUCUUGACUAUUUCAUAUAAGAGGAGCUAUGAUUGAUUCCUGUUCUUUUGGUGCCUGGGGAUUUUAGGUCAAUUUGAUCAUCAAACUUCCAAUAGAUGGAUUUUACGCAUAUAUGAGAGAGGGAGAAGUCUCAUCACAGAAACCACCAGUUCCACUAGGAUUUUGCUGCAAUUUUGUGGUUAAGUUCAUAAAAAAAACUCAGACCAUCCCCUGUAGACAGCAGCCGUCUGGGCUGCACCCAGAGUUGAAGGAUCAUGUACCUUCCAACAAACCUCCUUUUUCUGUUUCUUCAAACCUUGUGCUGCUACACCUGGUGAUACGGAAUUCACAUGCAUCCUGGGUCCAAGACUAUUUUAAACAAUUUAUUGUUCCUAUGGCUUCUGCUCUUGCUGCCCUGUAGCCCUACCUGAUAUCCUUAAAGAGUCCAAGACUCGCUGAGUCGCUGAACUUCUCCCUAUCAGCCAAAGUCUUGUAAGCUUUAUCGGAGGAUACGCUGGUGCACUUUAAGAGACUCUUUUCUAUGAUUGGCGAGUUCCAGGGAACCCUGUCCAAUCUAUUGUUUCUGUGUCAGCUGAGUGGCUGAACUUCUUCCUAUCAGGCAAGUCUUGUAAGCUUUAUUAGAGGAUAUGCUGGUUCACUUGAAGAGAAUCUUUUCUAUCAAUGGUUUCCAUGUCCGGUCCAGGUGCUACUAGUUCUUCAGUCUGGAACAAGAAAAUAGACCACAAUUUGCUUUGCAGGUUCAUAGACCUGGUUAGUUUAGUUAGUUAGCUAAGGAUCCUCCUUUUUUAGGGCAUUUCGUGGAAGUUGAAUUGCCAUCUGACUUUUGUAGCUCAUGGAUGUAAGACCUGGAGGCAUAUCACUCUGUUUGAUGGGCGUGUUAUCUUGUUCUGGUUUAUGGUGAGGAAGUCAACAUAAAGAGCAAGCAAGGAAAUUGGGAAUGUUCCUGUGGGAGAAUUGUAUUAAAUGGACGUUGAAUUGGUAUUAAUUAUAACUUCCAGAAAGGAAUACACAUAGAAGCGUGGUUAUGUUGCUGAAGAUCUAUAUUAUCUGGAGCUGUGACUUUGGUUUUUCGGAUACUUGAAGUGGUCUUCCUACCAGAAGGAUAACUUGAUUCUGAGGUGAGGGCAUCAUGAGUACUAGUAGACUUGAGCAGUUUUGCUCGUUGGUCCGGAGCUUGGCCAUGCAACUGUACAGUGUGCCUUUUCCUGCCUCCUACAGGAAACAAAGCCCAAAGGAGGCUAAUUGUUACAGGUAGAAGUUAGGUAAUGCUUUCACUGCAGUUAUCACAGUAGGCAAUGUUCUCCAGAUAAGGCUUAAAAUGCUGAUAUUGUAGAUGAAUUGCUAAUAGCUAGAGAUAUGAGAAGGCAAGACUGUCUCAAGUGUUUGAAGUGUUUGUGCAGAGAGAGGCCAAUUUGUGUGCCAAGUGUGGAGCUCCCUCUGAGGACGUCAGACAAAAUUUGUGCAAGUGCGCACAAAUCCAGAAAAAGCUGGAGUUGCCAUCUAGUUUUUUCAGUUUAAGGACACCAAUUCCUUGUUAGAUUUGCUAGUCUAUUGGUAAAAGUCGGAUGGAUACGUGCACACCUUGGCUUAUCAGAUUUUUUUGCAGUAGUCUUUCUUCCUUAUUCUACUAUGGCUGGCUUGUGGACAAAGCUGGGGUCAGUAAUGGCUGAAUGUGCCAAGAAAAAGGGAGAAAAGAAGAAGGUUUCAGGACUUUUUUUUCCUUCCCUUGCUUAGAUUUUUUACUGGGAAAAAGUGAUGAAAUUUCCUCUGUCGAUAUUCUCCAUUAUCACAAAGUACGGCCGUGAAACAUGAGGUCAGAUUAUGAGAAUGUUUCAGAAGAAGUUUGUCCUUCUUAUCUCCAUUCCAAGAAAAAGAGUUCAAUGUUUCUUUUAAUUCCUGCCUAGACGCCCGAGUUAAGAAAAAGUGAAACAUGUCUCACUCGUUGGUGGACUUUGUCUCUUAAAUUUGUUCUUCAGUCUUUGGUGGACUUUCCCUUUCACAUACUCUAUUGCUUGGAGGAAAUUUAGGUGGGCAGCAGUUGGAAUUAAGAAGACGAAAAAUGUGUUUUUGACUUUUCAUUGGUAUGAAAUUUCUGACCAAAGCUGCAUUCCACAUUGUCUUCGUGGAAGUUACUAGUCAACGUUCUUGGGUCUACGCUUCAUUUACCAUAAG